CAUGAAAGAAAGCGAAGACGCCGAAGGGGGGUGAACAAGUAAAAAGGCGCAAGGAGCCUUGAAGUCCUGGCCGUAGGGAAGAAACUGCACUUUUUGUACUGCAAAAAAAGCACUUUAGUCCGUGCAGGCACAUCCCUGCAUUGAGAGCAUCAUUUAAUUGUGAAGCAGAAGUAUUUAAUAUUUUGUUUAUCAACUAUUUAUUUAUUUGGAACUUUUAAUCCAACCACUUCUAUUAUGGGACGACCAAGUACUUUAUUGUUCGUGGUGUUGUUUUACGCACUGGAAACACGCGCUGAUUUUAUUGCGACCACAGAGGAGACUCCGUUAGGAAACAGCACAGAGUGGCUUGCCGACUAUACCAGCAUUGAGUCGAAAUUUUCCCUCCGCAGUCCCGAGGUCCCAGAUGAUGAUCUCUGCUACCUGGUUCCUGGACAGAUUAACACCAUUGAAGAGUGCAACUUUAAGCGGACCUCAAAAACCUUUGUCGUCAUUCAUGGGUGGACGGUGACUGGCCUGUAUGAAAGCUGGAUUGCGAAGCUGGUGACAGCUCUGUUUGAGCGGGAGCCUAGCGCCAACGUGAUCGUGGUGGACUGGCUGUACAGAGCCCAGCAGCAUUAUCCCACGUCAGCGGCCUACACCAAGCUGGUCGGGCAGGACCUCGCCAAGUUCAUGAACUGGAUUGAGGUAGAGGGAAAUUACACCUUAAACAACUUGCAUCUGCUUGGGUACAGCCUGGGUGCUCAUGUGGCGGGCAUCGCUGGAAGCCUGACCAACAACAAAGUCAGCCGAAUUACAGGUCUGGACCCUGCCGGCCCCAAUUUUGAAUAUGCAGAGGAGAAGGUGCGUCUCUCACCUGAUGAUGCAAACUUCGUGGACGUGCUCCAUACCUACACCCGUGGCUCUCCAGAUCGCAGCAUUGGCAUCCAGAAACCCGUGGGCCAUGUGGACAUCUACCCCAAUGGAGGAAGCUUCCAGCCUGGCUGCGACUUGCACAAGGCUAUGCUCAUGAUUGCCGCCAAUGGUUUUGCAGAAAUGGACCAGAUUGUCAAGUGCUCUCAUGAACGCUCCAUUCACCUGUUCAUCGACUCGCUCCUGAACGAGGAAAAGCAAAGCAUGGCAUACCGCUGCAACGCCAAGGAGACUUUCGAGAAGGGCUUGUGCCUCAGCUGCCGUAAAAACCGCUGCAACACUCUGGGCUACGAGAUCAACAAAGUGCGCAGCAAGCGCAGCAGCCGCAUGUAUCUGAAGACCCGCGAGGUGAUGCCUUACAAAGUUUUCCAUUAUCAGUUGAAGGUCCACUUCUUCAGUCAAGAGAACAUCACCUUCACAGACCAGCCGGUUCAAGUGUCCCUGUAUGGCACCCAUGAUGAGGCCCAGAACAUCGCGCUUGUCCUACCAAAACUCUCAGCCAACAAGACCUUCUCCUUCCUGGUGACUACUGACAUCAACAUCGGAGACCUUCUGAUGGUAAAGCUCAUGUGGGAGAAGGACUCCUAUUUCAGCUGGACUGACUGGUGGAAGGGUUACAAGUUCAACAUUCGCAAGAUCAGAGUGAAAGCUGGAGAGACCCAGGCCAAGAUGACAUUCAGCGCCAAGGAUGGCGAGAUGGCCGCCUUAGUAAGAGGAGGUGAAUUUGUGGAUUUUGUGAAAUCUAAAGAAGACCAAGCAAGCAAAAGACACGCAAGACGACAUGGACACCGAAGAUCUAAAAACCCUUGGAAGUCAAACAGUGACUGAAGAACAAAUACAGACUGUCGUCGAUGGACAAUGACACAGUAUAUUUAUAUUUAUAUACAUGCCUGCCCAGUGCUUGUAUAUGCAUCCCAGACUUCAAGGAUCAACUUGGAAAUCCAUAUUUGGGAUAAAAACCUCUUCUAGCACUUGUCACCUAGCGAAGACAUCAGCUCAGCUCAGUUCUUUUGGUUGGUUUCUGAUAUUCAUCUUGGUGAACUGUAUCUACUUCCAUCCUUUGUCUCAUACUGUGUUGGGCCAAGGUCAACAUGGCCUUCACUUCAGCAACUGGAGGCUGCCAGGCUGGUAGGCAUCUUGGCAUCCUGUUUUUAACAAUUUCCAACAUAUUUUUUUGAGGAUGAUAUACACCGGGAUAAUGUUUCAAGAAGAAGACCCAUCAUUAGCUUGGACAGAUGCUCAGCAGCGUUCCUCUGUGGUUUCUGUUUUCUUGAGUCUGGGAUCCCCAACUUGUUAUCCAGGCUCAGCUGCCUUUUUGAAUUAAUUUCUAUUUGACAGAAGUUGACUUACGGGACUCUGCCAUAAACUGAGUAACAGCAGGGUGAUGGCCGUCCUUCCUUUGUAAGAUGUGAGUGCAGCUUCAUGGCUUAGGGUGCUAUUUACCAUAGCACAUUAACAUUUUAAAGUAUAUACAUAAUGUGUAUAGUGUGUGUGUGUGUAUAUGUACAGUAUAAUAUAUAUAUAUAUAUAUAUGUGUAUAUGUACGGUAUAUACAGUAUAUAUAUGAUUUGCUUGAUGCAACUGGGAGGACCUGGCAGACCACAAGCAUUAUCUGUUACGUGACCAGCCAAAUAAGACUGCAAUUCAGACCUAUGGAGAUAUAUAUAUAUAUAUAUAUAUAUAUAUACUGUACAGUAUAUCUCUCUAUUAUAAUGAAAAAAUCUUGGGAGGAGAGACGAGAUGUGAUUUUCUCAGAGAGACGCUUUCACAUCCCGCGAGACGAGACUUUGUGCCAAGAGAUUUAACCACGCCCAGGGCCGGAAAUAAAAGACAAAGAGUAGAUGACAAAGUAGAACGUCGUAACAAUUCCAAAAAUGUUGGCGCGACUUACAUGCAGAGCAGGUUAGAGAUUAUGAAAGUACUAAAAUUUGAAAGUCUCAGAGAAAUGAUAGUAAAGAUCACAUUAGCGCAAACAAAUGGAAAUUAUUACUCGGUGAAAUAACAGAACAGUGAAAAGAGAUUAAUAUAUUGUUUGGAUUUAAACUUUAAGUUAGAGAUUUGUAGAUCGUCUAAUUCAUGUUGCCAUCAGGGAAACGUACUGUUUUUUCCCAAUGAAGGGGAGUAUCCAUGAGAAUUGAAAGAUUUGUUGUUUGGUGAAAGUGAAAUCCACAUACGCUGUCACGCUUGAGUCACAGAGUUGCACAGACCCACAGGAUAUUUUAGAGACAGAAUCGUUAUUCAGCCACUUCAAACAAACAUAAGUCUCUUUCAGUAGUGAAUUGAGCUCAGUGUGUAGUCGGAGGGGACAGUUCCGUCUCUCAAAGGAAUAGAAAAUCUUCCUCUUCAUAGGGGCGCGCCUCGGGAGCGGGACCCCCCACAGGAGCAGAGGAUAUUUGGGGGAGAAGAGAGGCAAGACAAGAGAGAGACAAGACAGGCUUUUACAGUAAAUGUUCAAAGCGCCAUGCAAGAUGCAGAUCACGCGGCACGGCAGCAGCAGCAAGCCAGCAGCUGAUCGAGCAAAGAGGAGGUAAAAAAAAAAACACCGCAGUGUUUCCUUGGGGUGCGUUCAACUCCCCUCUUCACAACGUGAGCAGCAGAGACAUGAAGUGGCUGGCAUGUAGCACAGGCCGGGGAGGGGGGUUGGUGAGUGAAGGGAGCAGGGGGCAAAGCCCCCUAGUGUGUAUACUGUUCAGUAUAUAAUACACAUACACAUACAGUCACAUGCCACUUUACAGCUCCACUUGGUACUGGCCAUGUGUUCAUUUGUCAAAUUGGCGGUAUGUCGUUCAGGUCAUUCCAAUUAACGUUCUGUAGGUCACUGAUACGCAUACUUUGCUGGUAUGGAGAACACAAACCACUCUUCAUGUCUAACUGUCUGCACGUCAGGUCCUUGUAAGGCAGGGCCCCUUUUAACAGCAUUAUAGGCCACCGGCAACUGCCCAGUGUGCCCAUGCGUUAAGAUGGCCCUGUUGUAAGGAAGUGUUUUUCAAGCACUGGGCUGUCACAGGUUGCAAUCACUGGUUCAAAAGUAAGUUACAGUGGACCAUGUGUGGCUCAUGGUGGGUUGCCUAAAUAAUUGACAGCGAUGUGCCAUAUAUUUUAGUGUUUCUAUGAGAGUUUGUUACACCAAGGAAGAGCCCCAAUUGCAUUUAUUUCACCAAGGGGGCAGUUCACAUUUGCUGCUAGUGGGUUGUCAAUGAAUUUAAAAAGGCAAAACUGGGGUGCAGGACCAUAAAGGUUGAGAAACACUGAUGUAAGGAAGAUGAUGUGGACUGAAUGCCUACAAAUUAGCCUCAUGGAGCAAAACAAACCUUAAAGGACCCUCUAAGAGUCAGAAAACAUAGGAGACCCUGUGAAAUAAUAAUAAUAAUUAUGAUAAAUAGUGCGGCUGGUUUUGGCAAUUUCUAGAGCAUUAUUACCCUUUUGUUUUCAUAUGGCCCUUGGCCAUAAGUAUGAAUCAGCUCAAAUCAGUUGGCAAUAAUUGGCACUUGACUAUAUAUAUAUAUAUAUAUAUAUAUAUAUAUAUAUAUAUAUAUAUUAUAUGCAGUAUACUAUAUAUAAUGUAAAAUGACACACAGAGCACAGAUAAAGAGCUUGGGUACCACCUUGGUAACCCCGUAUAAUCUUGACAGUUUUUUGUGUAAAUCGACACACAGAUAGUUGCGGGAAUGUCUUUACAGACACGAGUCCAAACAGAGCUGACGUAAGUAACUGGUUUGCCGGUUUAUGAAGGUAGGAAGGGGCGGGUCCAGGAGGACGGACACCAGAGAUGACAUCAGUGAUGGUAGGGCAGCCAAUCACCAGGUCUGCAGAGGGAGAAAGAGAAAAGGGAUCAGAGAACAGCGCCAACCCCUGGCUCAAUGGGUAAUUACAUUUACUAGAGCCCUUUAGCUGUCUUCCAACCGCACACAUGUGACAAUACAUAUAUGUUAUAUAUCUAGUAUACUGUAUAUAAAUAUGAAAACACUAUUCCCUAUACUGUAUAUACUUUUAAAUGUUAAUCUAACAAUUUAACAAUGACAAAUAUGUUAUGAAGGUCAUUUAUUUAUUUAUGUUUCUUUUAGACACACUGACAAUAACUUGUUUUUUUUUUUACCCCUGGGUCUGCACUUUUUCAAUCCAAUUGCGAUUCUCUUUACUCCUUCUAUUUGACUGCUCAGAACGCUCUAACCAAAUGACAGUAUAUUCCAGUUUUGAUUUUAUUUCCUAACCUAUCGUGGAAAAUUGUACAAAUGCAAUUACGUUUUAAUCGAAAUCAAUCUUCUCAUGCCACCAGCAAACUUGAUAAAUUGCAAAAGAAUGACUUGCAUAUUUUCUCUAUUUAUUCUUCUGCCAUUUUGUAUUUUUCAUUUUUUAUAUUUUGGUGGUCUCGUGCCACUCCGUUGUGUCAUGUAGAAAUGCUGUGAAUUUAAUCAAAGCCAAUCUGGUGUAUGCAAAGUUGAGUUAAGGAGCUGGGUUUUAAUUUAAUUUUUUAAUUUUAAUUUUUAACUUUCGAAUCGCUAGUAUUAAUUUUAAUAUAUAUUUAGAAGGACAAACAUGAAUAUGUUGAUCAUUUUAUACUUGUAUGGUGGUGAUGUUGUUUCCUCAGAUUUCAUUUAUAUACUUACAGCAGUAUUUUCAAAUUGAUGUUAAAUAUUAGUGACGUGAAUUCACCUUAAUUGUACACUCCAGGUGUGAGAAUCUGCAACACCGCCAGCAGUUCCAGAAAAGUCCACCGUCCCCAGUGUGUUCUUUUAGUAUCCACUGAGUGUUUAGUUGGUUCACAGGCAGCACUUCCACACGUGAAUCUUUAGUGUUCGAUGGCAACGACACCACUUCCUCUUAAAACAUCAGAACACACACAAUGGACGACACUGCUUUAGAAACUGGCAUUUUUUAACUUGCCUAGUGCACUCUCCAGCGUUUUUAUGUUUAAAAAUUAAAAGCGUCAUAAAUGUUUCAUAAAAGCAAAAUCCAGCAGAAGUCGUUUUUCCGUUUUCCCAGAAACAUUCAUCCAUUUUUGAAAUGCUUUAAUUCUAUUAUCAAAUCACAGAGAUUUAGCUGGCAAAUGGGUGUAGUGAAAUCUCUUGUCCAGCCCGUCAAUCCAUCGGAGGGCACACUCGCUUAUAAUUGCCCACCUAUAAAGUUUUGCUAAACGGCCAAUUCUUGUGAUUUAGGAUUACGUGGUAACUGGGGGUAUGUGAAGAAAUUUCACACGGCACCACAGAAAACGUGGCCUCCGCGUGGACAUAGGACUCUGCAGAGCAGCCAUGCCAACAUCUGAGCAUUCGUAUCGACGCCUGGUGGACACAGCAUUGCUGCGUCAGAAGUGGUUAGGGUCAGGACUGGAUUAGGGUUCGACGAUCAUUUCUCAUGAUUUUUUUGCACAGUAUCUUGUAAAAGUAUUUCUGUCUUCUUGAAGGAUGUCACAAGAUGGUGGUCAACUCACAGCACAUCCCGAUUCAAGGCAAGCAGCAUUCUUCUGGGUGCUAAGCCAAUGUCACGUUACACGACUGCCAGACUGUGUCAAAUUACUCGGAUCGAAAUAGCGGGGUAUGUCAAAUGAGACAACUGCGCGAAGACUUUCCGGCACAGUUUUAUGUUUCCAAAGCAUGGCGAGUUUGUCCCUUUUUCUGACAGCUAAUAACAUGCUGCUGGAUCAAACGGGUACGAUGGGUUCAGUCACAGUCUCUGCCCUCCUUAUUCCUGCUUUUUUCAUUCUGCCGUGGUAUGUAAAACACAACUCAUCAGACAGUCGAGUCUCUUUUCUGUUUUGCGAAGUCCAAAUCCCCCGUGUUCCUUCUUCCUCGCUGCCACGUUAUAUGCCUUGUACUUCCGUGCGAGUGCUCAUUAGUCGUUAGAGCCCACCCUACGACUUGUUUGAUUUUGAAACACAACAAGCAGGCUGUCUGGGAGCUCCAAGCAGGCCCUCUUCAGUUACUUAGGUGGUGUGAACAUUCGAGAAAUACCCGAGCAGGGCUUUGAAUUGUCCUCUUUUUUAUUUUCUUGUUAUCUUUUCUUUAGUCCUGUGGUGGGUUGGCACCCUGCCCAGGACUGGUUCCUGCCUUGUGCCCUGUGUUGGCUGGGAUUGGCUCCAGCGGACCCCCGUGACCCUGUGUUCGGAUUCAGCGGGUUGGAAAAUGGAUGGAUGGAUUGAUCUUUUCUUUACUCAGCACCCCAUAUAGACUUUUGGAUCAGUCUGUUACUUAGAUAUAUAUAUAUAUAUAUAUAUAUAUAUAUAUAUAUAUAUAUAUAUAUAUAUAUAUAUAUAUAUAUAUAUAUAUUUAUGUGGAAAUAUAUGGGACAAAUUUGCUCCAUACUGUGAACUCUUAUUACUGAAGACGGGCUGUGCUUUGUGGGGCGAGUUUUAGCACAAAUGGAGCUUCCAUGUUCUGGGUUGGUAAGCUUUGCUGUUCUAAGCAAAUGUUUUGUCUGUUCAAACUGUUUAUGAAAUAAAUGCACUGUGACCAAAAAAA